AAACCUCCAUCCAUCGCACUGCUGCACAGAUGAACACACGAUCGUAUCUCUCCUUUCCCUCUCUCCCCAACUCACACGCACCAAAUAUAUCUCCUCCAACCACACCUCAUUAGCCUCCAAUCCAUGCAUAUAUAUGUGUGUGUGUGCGCACAUACACUGACGCAUACUACACACGAUCGACCUUGUGCUCCACACGACAAAAGCAGCACACGCACGGCACACACUACAGUUCAUGCCAGCUUCGUGAUAAGGUUUGUUGUUCCCUCGUCAUCGCCGGCGGUUUGUUCGUUGUAGCUUUAGCCUGGCUACCUUGGUGCCGUCUGUUUCGGUCCCUCCCUUGUCAUGCAAGGCUCGAUGCAGUUCAAGCGGGCGCUGCUCAAGAGCCUGCUCCUAGGGCUCCGGGAGCGUGGCGUCGCGUCGAGGGAGAUGGGCUUCCUCGAGAGGAAGCGCGCCAUCCGGCGCGCCGCCGACGCCGCCCUCGCCUCCGCCAGGGGCGCCGACGCGACGCGCUGGAGCCAGGCGCUGGAGACGCAACGUCGGCCGUCGACGAGCAAGAGGAUCUUGAGGAGGUGCCACCGGCCGAGGCCGAGGAAGGCCGGCAUGGCGGCGAGGUCUUGGGCCUCGGCCGGCGUCCUCGCGAGGGCCAUGGUGAGGAAGAGGACGCAGGUGUUGAAAGGGAUCGUCCCCGGAGUGGAGACGGUGGACGACGAGUGCACGCUGCUGGGUGAAGCCAUUGACUAUGCAGUGUGCCUCAAGGCUCAGGUCGAUGUAAUGCAGCUUCUGUUGAGGGUUCUUCAAGCUCCAAAACAAUAGCUUGUGGGUCUCUCUUGCGUGCGCGUAGUUCGUGGAGAUGACGCUUGUAUUAUAAGAUACCAAAACCUUCUCUACCUUCGUUCCUCAGCAGCUCACAGCAUGCAGUGACAGAGGUCAUCAGCGAUGAUAGAUGUGUAAUAUUUUUAGUAUGUCAAAUUGUCAAGAACACUAUUGUGUAUAUAGCUAUAUCAUGUUUCAUUUUCUCUAGAGUGUCCACACUCGGUCUGUUCAACAA